GUCAACCGACUCGACCGUUGUCUUCCUUUCAUCAAGUACGCGGCCUGCUCGUUCCUUGCGUUGCUCUACUAUGCUAACAGUCGUGUUGAAGCAGCUCCCGACCUUCCCCCGCACCUCCUGGUGCCAGCCCGCGUGGGCGGCCAGAUCCCGCAUCACAUACUCCUUCUCGUCGAGGGUCAGGGGGCCCCUUAUAUAUUCCCUCACGUCCAUAAUAUGGCCCGUAUCGGAGGGAUUUCUGGCUCCGUAGAGCAUGAUUUCCAAGCCGGCGUCGAUAUGCCGGAUCUUGACGUCCGUGCCGGCCCGGCUGUCCACGGCGUUCGUACUGUCGCCCAGCCGAAUUCCGCACCGCCGGAAGGUACUUCGCCAAUCCUCGGGCGUGCCCACGUUGGCCACGAUGGCCACAGCGUCGAGCUGGCCGCUUUGGGCGAUGUUGGAAGCGAUGAGGAUGGAAAGAAUCUUUGCGAGCUCUGGUACGGCAAGUACGAUGUAAGUUUCAUGAUGCACCAAACAACGACUGACAUGAGAGGAAGAAGAGCAGCAGAUAUUGGCCCAUUUGGCCCUUUCUCCGGAAACCUCUACGUCGCCAUCAAAGUUCAGAACCUCUGCGGUUGA